GGAGGAGCAGCAGACUGACAAUAAUAUAUUCUUGCAGGAAGGGGCCUGCUGCAUGCUGAUGCACGCAGUUCCUGUGGUGAAUGGAUGAAGGUGCACACUCCGAUAGUUCCAGCUAACAUUGUUUCCAGCAGAUUUACCUUCCCCUCCUCCGGAGCCUCCCGCUGCUUGCACGAGGCCAUGAGAUAAAACGUGACCUCUCCUUGGCUCCUUUCAAACGUCCUGCCGUCUGCUCCCCGCAGAAUCUGCUUGUUUGUCUUCCGUCAAUUUUGUUUGGGACGCAUGAGAGACUGUUGGGUGGACUCUAGUGUUUAGCUCAACCAAGAUGACAGUGGUUUCUUGUCUUCCCUGGACGACGAUAGCAGCCAAUUUCUUCUCCUUUUGAGAGCGACGAGCCUCAGUCGUGCCAGAGAAAGAAGACAACUAUACUAUCUCCAUGAUAGAAGGAGAUCCUCCCUCUCACUGGGCUCGAAAACAUGGCGUGGAGAAAGCAGCGCUUGCUCUGAGGUGAUAGUACUUGGUGGCCUUUGUUGGUGUGCUAGACGGAGAUCAGGUGAUGUGUAGAGCAAUGGACGUAGGUACCAUCCAUGAAGCGUUGUCGCCGAAGCACCUCAGGAAGCAGCUCGCUGCCACAGUUAGGGAGAUCCAGUGGAGCUAUGCAAUCUUUUGGUCUCCCUCCACGGGUCAACCAGGUGUCUUGGCGUGGUCCGACGGGUACUACAAUGGUGAUAUAAAAACGAGGAAGAUGACUCAGCCAAUGGAACUUAAAGCCGAUCAAAUGGGCCUUCAGAGGAGUAAGCAACUGAGAGAAUUGUAUGGAUCGCUUUCUGCGGGAGAUAACAAUCAGCAGACCAGAAGGCCUUCUGCUUCACUGUCUCCUGAAGAUUUGACUGAUGCAGAGUGGUAUUACUUGGUUUGCAUGACCUUCACAUUCACUCCGGGACAAGGAUUGCCCGGUAAAGCCUUCGCGACCAAUCAGCACAUCUGGUUGAACAACGCUCAAUUCGCGGAUAGCAAGAUCUUUUCGCGCUCUCUUCUAGCAAAGAGUGCAUCUAUUCAGACUCUGGUUUGCAUCCCCUUCGCCGGCGGCGUAUUGGAGCUCGGAACAACCGAAAAGGUUUUGGAGGAUCCUGCUCUCAUCAAGCAAAUCUCAAGUUUCUUCCGGGAGAUGCCGAAUCCGGUUGGCUCCGAGAAAUCGGCAUCCAGUCCGCAAAUGACUGAGAACGAUGAAGACAUCCUGUGCCCCAGUCUCGAUAAUGAUGUGGACAGUUCUAUGGCUUUGGAAGAGCACGAUCUGAUGAGUGGUCGUCAAGCGGCGUCGGAGAACGAUCCAACGCAUCUUCCGUUUGGUCUUGGUUCAUAUGCUGCAGCUGCUGAACACGCACAACCGGUCCAAGACAAGGUUGAGGAACCAGAAAUAGUUUCUCCUGAUGACAGUUCGAAUGUGUACUGCCUCAAUCAGCCGCGCGAAGAUUCAUUCGGGACCGAUGGAUUGACCGGCAUAUCUCGGACUCAGAAUCCAUGGCUUGGAGCUUUGAACUCGAAUGAGUGCCUCCCGAUGCCAUGUGUCGGUGCCCAAAGAGUUGUCACUUCCGCGAAGAAGGAAAUCGUAAGCAAUCAGAUGCUUGAUGGCAUAGAAGAGGGCAACUGCAGCAAGCAUAAUUCGCUGGAAAUCGACGGCGACGGCUCGCGUUAUGCCAAGACGGUAGCAGUCAUCUUAAGGAACUCGAAGCCAGUUUUGUUCUUCCUGACAAUUUCUCGUGAAUCCAGUUUUGUUGUCUGGAGAAGAGGUUUGAGCACUCCAAAGCCAUUCACUGGCACGCCUCAGACUCUGCUGAAGAAGAUUUUGAUGGAUAGAAGAUGGUUGCACGGCGGUCACAUGGAGAAAGCUUGGAGACCAGAAGGAGAGUCUGGUGGAAGCUAUUUAUUGUCCGAGAUGAGAAGGGAGAAGCUGAACGAGAAGUUUGUGGUUCUGAGAUCAUUGAUUCCUUCUAUCAGCAAGGUCGACAAGGCAUCCAUCCUCGACGACACCACACGGUAUCUGAAGCAGCUGGAGAGACGAGUGCAGGAGCUCGAAUCCUGCCGGGAGACAGCAGAGCUCAGCGACAGAGACAGAAGGAAGCAGCAUCCCGACGUAUCAGAGAGAACAUCGGACAACUACAUCCACAGGGAGAUCACCGACGGCAGGAAGGCGUCGGCCAACAAGAGGAAAGCACGCGACAUGGACGAAGCAGAGGCCGAGCACGAGCACCACUGCGUCGAAGUCAGUGUGACGAUGAAGGAGAAGGAGGUGGUGGUGAAGAUGCACUGCCCAUGGCGGGAGUACCUGCUGCCGGAGAUCGUGGAGUCCAUGAGCAACCUCCAUCUGGAUCCUCUGUCGGUGCAGUCGUCCACCGUCGACGGCAUGCUUGCGAUGACGGUGAAAUCCAAGCUCCGUAGCACCACCGUGGCAUCUCCGGUGAUGAUUAAGCGAUCGCUUCAAAGAGUGAUCGGCAAAUGCCUGUGAUGCUUUCGGUUGGUUGGUGACGACUCUCCAUUGGCGGCUACCGUACGAUGCGGACUUCAGGUGCCCGCUUUGAGCAAUGGCAACAUUAGCAUGAGAACUGAAACCUGUAGUUUGAGUAAAAGCAUGAAUCGAUGUGCCUUUUGUAGCAGACCAAUUAAGAUUUCAGAACUAACAAUUAGCUCUGCAUA